CUUUCGCAUUCGGCUGCUGCUGCUGCGUAAAGAGGAGGAGGAAGAAGGAAGGAAGGAAAGAGAGCUAGAGAGAAGCACAUCACACACUGCGAGAGAGAGAAAGCGGGAAAAGGAGGAGAGAAGGACAAUAAAGGAGGGCAUCAGAUAGAAAAGGGCCAAAAAAAGAAAAGAGAGAGAGAGAGAGAGAGAGAGAGAGAGAGAGAGAGAGAGCGCGUGAGGAGCAGAUCGCAGGGAGCAGCAGGAGGUUUGAGGUCGGGGGGGGAAGAGCUCGGAGGGCAGAAGAAGAGAAGAAGCUUCGGUGGAGGCAGAACGGCGGCGGAACGAUGAAGGAUCGCACACAGGAGCUGCGGAGCGCUAAGGACAGUGACGAUGAUGAGGAAGUCGUCCACGUCGACCGAGGAAACUUCAUGGAUGAGUUCUUUGAACAGGUGGAGGAGAUUCGCGGCUGCAUUGAGAAGCUGUCGGAAGACGUGGAGCAGGUGAAAAAACAGCACAGCGCCAUCCUGGCAGCGCCCAACCCUGACGAGAAGACUAAGCAGGAGUUGGAGGACCUCACAGCCGACAUCAAGAAGACAGCCAAUAAAGUGCGCUUAAAAUUAAAAGCAAUCGAGCAGAGCAUUGAGCAGGAGGAGGUCAUGAACAGAUCAUCGGCGGACCUGCGGAUCCGCAAGACACAGCACUCCACGCUGUCCCGCAAGUUUGUGGAGGUGAUGACUGAGUACAACACCACGCAGUCCAAAUACAGAGACCGCUGCAAGGACCGCAUCCAGAGACAGCUGGAGAUCACUGGAAGAACAACCACCAACGAGGAGCUGGAGGACAUGCUGGAGAGCGGCAAGCUCGCCGUCUUCACCGAUGAUAUCAAAAUGGACUCCCAGAUGACCAAGCAGGCCCUAAACGAGAUCGAGACCCGACACCAUGAGAUCAUUAAGCUGGAGAACAGCAUCCGUGAGCUACACGAUAUGUUUCUGGACAUGGCCAUGCUGGUGGAGAGCCAGGGUGAGAUGAUUGACAGAAUUGAGUACAACGUGGAACACUCGGUAGACUAUGUAGAAAGAGCAGUGUCUGACACCAAGAAGGCUGUCAAAUACCAGAGCCAAGCGCGCAAGAAGAAGAUCAUGAUCAUCAUCUGCUGCGUAAUCCUGGGAGUGAUCUUGGCGUCCACUAUCGGAGGAACCCUGGGCUUCUAGACUCACUUGUAGACGGAUGAAGGCCGAGAGAAGCAUAUUUAGAGAGAAAUAUAUCCACAACAAUACGAGAUAAGGAAACUCCUCUUUAAAGGGGUUUGGUUAGGGUCGAAAAAUUCAAAAAAUAAAAACAGACAAAUAAACAAAAAAAAACAAAACAAAACAAAAACCCAGAUGUUACAUAAUAGCUGAUUAAAACAUAUAUGAAAAGAGAGGGUUCAAAUAAACAAUAAACACUCUAUUUACAAAAUUGUACAUGUAAAUGUAUUGAACAUAAGAAACAGCACAUGGGUUACUUCCUGUAAAGAAAUACAACCUACAUUUUUUUUUUGUUUGUUUCCUUAUUUUUUAAACGUUUCUUUCGUUUUUCGGGGGGUCUCCAGGACAGUGCCGGCGACUGCGACUGAUAAAUUUGGCUGUGUUUCAGUAGAGCAUGGAUUUAAUGGUUUUAAUACGGCGCUAAGCAUUUAGUGCACUUACCUACUGACCGAAACGGAGAAUGGACGGUUUGCUUUAGCUGACGUUGUGAGGUUUCGUUGGGAGGGACUUCGAGUUCUGAGGGGCUGCUUUCAGAUAGAUGGACUCGGUCAUUCUCUUCUAGCGGCGAAUGAAUGAAUCCGAUCGUAGUCGGCAGACAAAGCUUAUAAAUCUAAUAUAGAAAUAUGUAGAAAUGUUUAUUACAAAUAAGCACCUCGAUCCUCAUAGCUGGACCUCAAUCUCCAUCCUGGACAAAAAAAUAACCAAAUCAAGCACACGUUCUUAGAUAAUCAGUAACUUGACCACACAAACGGACUCGGCUGUCAUUUGAGGUUGAUGCUGAAGACCAUAGAGUCAGGAAGCUCAGCUAGGAGAGAUGGAGAAGUAUAGCAAUGUGCAACCAGUUGAACUAUGCAGUUUUGAUAGAUGAAGAAAGGCGAUCCUGCUUUUAGAAUUAAACCGUGCUUUAGCUCUUCUCAAGUGGGAUCCAGAGGGAGAGAUGGGAAGGGCACACUUUAGACGUCUGCUGCUGUUCCGACGUAGAUUUUUCUAAAAACAUAUAAAAAUAGUACAAGAAGAAAAUCGUUUUGAGGACUUUAGAAGCUUGAAGCAGUGGAUAGCCUGAUAUUUGUCUUUCAGAGGUGGUUAGAUGUGUGACUCAUCCUUUGAAUAGUCUUUCCUUUGGUUGUUUUUACAUUGUGAUGCCUAUAAAAGAAAUAGUCACAUAUAUGAAUAUGAAUAUACGUAUAUAAAUAUAUAUAAAAACGCUGGGAGUUUUAUAUAUGCAACCCCAGUUAUGCUUUAUUUUUAUUUGCAGAGUCUAACGUACAGAACCCGAUUACGAACUGAGUGACAUUUUCUGAGGACAACGCUGCCUUGAGUUAUUUUGGUGCUACUUACAGACGAGAGAGGCUUUCUACUUACAUCUCAGAGACGUUCCAGAACCGACGGGCUGGGAGAACCCUUCUCAAAUCCCGUCGUUGAGUUCUGUACACCUGUUGCAGGUGAAUGUGAGGCUCGGAGGGUGGAAAUCCUGAUAAAACAAACAAACAAAAAUAAUUGUAAUCAUUUGCAAAUUCGAAAUAAGGAGAAAAGGUCAACAGGUCAAAUCAUCUGUGAGGGAUUUGCCAGGCAGCUACAGUCCAGCUGCCAUGAGACGAUUUAUUUUUGGAUAGUGAAGGUUGCGUACGUGGUCUUCGUUUAUGCAAGGGCUUAAAAUCCAAAACCAAAUUCAGCUCUAGACUGAAUUCCUCCUGGAGAUUAGAGAAGUAGAAAGCCCUCGCUGUCGCGGUUCACAGCUCCUCCAAACGCUACAUGUCUGCAACCCAAACCGCGUGAGGAAACUUUGUCGUUUCCCAGCUUUCCCGCAGAAUCUACAGUAGAAGCCCCUUCCUUCGAAACAGGUCCGCCUGCCCGGUAGGCGACGGAGCCGUCGGCGUGUCGGUAUGCUGUGUUUGUGACGCAGAGGGCCUGGACUGUUUUGCCCUUAAGACCAUUCCAGCGAUGGCCAGCAUGUUUUCUUCUUUUUUCGGAAGCUUUCUGUGUACUUGGUGUCCGAUCACUCUACCUGUGUGGUUCCAGUGGGGUCGAUGUGCGUGUAUCGUUGUUGUUUUUUCUUAGUGAGGGGUUUCGUUGUUGGCUGGAGAACGCUUUUCCUCCCUUCAGGCAUGCAGCAGCGUAGGCUUCGUCAGAACUUGCAUGGUGAUUUUAACUGCUCAACAUCAUGUGUGCACUUUACAACCGAAGAGAAAAACACUGUCUCACUCCAUACGUCCUUCCAUUUCGGGUUCGUCCCCUUUGUUUGUUUGUUUAUUUAACUCAUCCUGUUUGGGCAGGUUGGCGGGAGGGGUGGGCGGGGUUUAUGGGGUUGAUUAUUAACUUUAUUGACUCUAUUAACUUUAUAAACUUACUUCACACAUGCUAGCCCCCCCCCCGCACCUUGGUGGUGACGCCUGACGUGGUGUGAUUGUGUGAUUGGUCGACAGUUCCACUCUUUUCCCUGUGCGUUAUUGCUCAUUGUGCUUGUGGCAGUGGUGGCGCUAAGAUUUAUUUUCACGCAAAAACUAAUUGAUGCAUCCUCAAAAUUCUACUCUAUUUUUUACGCUGACUGAUCAGAAUUCCACCUAAAUCAAUAACUGUAGCUGUGAGGUGUCUGCGAAGCAACGUUUUGGCUGCAGAAUUGGGGAAAAAACUAGAAACCUCUUCCAGGACCACAUGAACUGCAUUACAUUGAUACAAUUCGAGCUGUCUAAACUCACGUUUUCCACAUAAAAACUAACAAAUGCUCAGAGCAGAAUGUUCAAUAAAAGGCUGGUAUGCCAUCAAAGUAUUUGAUGAACCAUCUCAAACAUGUACGCCUAGUGAUAAUGAUCUAGGCUCUGGUGAGCUGCUUUCCAUGACCAAACACCAAAGCAGCCAAAUCAGCCAAAUCAGCCAAAUCAAAUAAUCAGACAACUAAAACUAAAACUCUGACAGCAAUAAAUAACCACUUUAACACAUUUCUAUUACCGCUUUAUUAUAUUCUUCUUAUUCUUUCUUCUUCUUUUCUGCGCUAAGUUAUUCCACAGUUUUGACAUGUCGACACUGUUCCAACUCCUGAGCUUUUUGAUCCAACAUAUAUUUUUCAUAUAAUUCAAUUUUCAUACAAAUCAUUAAAUAACUUUUUUUCCCAUAGGAAUGAAUGGGGUGCAAAAGUUUGCGUACCCAGCUUAUGUCAUGUUAAUCAUAUGGGAACCAUAAUAACCACCUGGGAUACCAUAACAACCACUCAGAAACAUCCUAGUAACCACCUGGGAUACAACAGCAACUGCUUAUCAACACCUUUCCAACUACACAAAAUAGCAUAAUACCCUUUCGGCAACACCUUAGCGACCUCUAACAGCUUGGCAACACCCUAGCAACCGCUAAACGGCAAUGUUUUCUCUAGGAAAUGAACUUUUCUGGAUAUUUAAAUAUUAUCGAGUAUAAGGGGAUUUUCAGAAUGUCGUUCAGAGGUGCCUGUGAAAUGCAGUUCAGCCGUGAUUUCGCUUUCAGUUUCCAUUUGUUUGCCUGUUCUAAGGUCGACGCUCCGCAGACGCACGGCUACAGUUCGGUGAAAUAAAAUUCAAGGUUCGGCCCACCUGCAAAUUAGUCGUGGCCACCCAAAAAAAGCUUGUGGUGUUUUAUUUAAUACUGUUAUCGUGAGUUUUUUGUGGAACUUGUGGAACUGUGCGUUUGUGUGCCCCCCCCAUACUAAAAAGCUGUGCAUGUGUGUGUACGUAAGCAUGAGCAUAUCUGAGUAAACACUUGUGAGUGUGUGUGUGAGUGUGUGUGUGUGUGUGUGGUUGUGUGUGAGGGCGUGUGUGUGUGUGUGUGUGUACGUGUGCGUUCCAGUUUUGUGUUGAAAAAUUUAAAGAAAAAUGAGUUUAAGUGGGAAAAAAAAAAGAGUAAUAACAGUAAAAAGCCAAAGCAUAGCGCUAGCGUGAGCGGCUCUGUGGGCGGAGCCUGGAGAAAGGCUGUUUCAGAAUAUACCCAGCAAGUGCAAACUCUGAACCCUGACUACUGCGGUUACUAUAGCAACCAAACGGGAUUUUGGGGUUUAGUGGUUAUUUAUUUAUUUAUUUAUUUAUUUAUUUAUUCAUUCAUUCAUUCCUUUUUAUUUAUUUAUUCUUUUUUAUGAUAGUUUUCUUAGGGGGGGGGAAAAACCACACACACACACACACACACAUUCUGUGAUCAUCUACUUCUCCUCCGUUUUGAUUUACAUUUCAUUUAUUUUAGCUUUUUUUGGUUUUGUUUUGUUUCGUUUGGUUAUUUCGGCCACUGAUGGUGUUUCACCAUGUUCAACUCAUUGCAUUGCUUUCUCUGUGCUGGUAACACUAAAAAAAAAAAAACACACACACAGUAAAUAAAUAAAUAAAUACUAAUUACAUUUAAAAGAAAAAAAGAAAACGGGCACUGAGCUGGAUGGAAGAUUGCUCACUCUGUAUCUAUUUAUUUAUCUAUUUAUCUGUUCGAUUUGAUUUGAUUUUAUUUGUUUGUUUAUCGUACUGGCCUGACGCUCAUAGAGAAAGCAUUUUGUAACUGGUUGACCUGUGUGACCUUUCGGUGCAGGUCAGUCUGAGGUUGUUUGGAGUUACAUCAGCUCACCAGCACCAACACUUUCCACUGUAAACGCCCACGUUUACGUCAUCUAUCCCGUUUUUUCAGCCGCCGCCACGACGCUUUAACGCUUUAACGCUUUAAUAUGAGUCCCGCGCUGCUUCCCCGUCCAGGCCGACUCUCAGCAACCUCAGACUGCUUUUGUUUCUCCUGAGUUUCUUCCCCAAUUCUGCUUUCUGACAGUGUUUCUAUGGUCCAGUGUUAGCGUACGGCUGAGGGACGGCUGUAGAGAAGCCCCUCCCCCUAAAAAUUUACAAAAAAUAACAACUGACCUCUGUCAAUACUGUCACUCGAAGGUGGUUCUGAGUAGAUGGAUACUUGACCGUGAUCUGAGAAGGAGAAGAACUGCAGACUGGGAGAAAUUUGACAUAGCGGACGACAAAACAGUGAAAUUCUACUAAACGCAGUGGUUUAUGGAAAAUCCGAGGAGUUGUCUUAUAUUAAAAUAUUAAGUAGUACUAUUGAAUAUUGAAUGCUCACAAUUUAGUCAAACUGAAACUGGAUCUUUGUGUCUUGUAAUUAUUGUAAAUACUUUAACGAGAGAAGAAGAAGAAAAAAAAAACGACUUGCAUGUCUAUGUAUAAAACUUACUUAACUGGCUCCUGCCAAAGUUGCAAAGGUCGAUCAGCUUCUCCGCCCUGACCCCCGUCUCUCGUCCCUGAUAGCUUUUAUUUUUCCGUGCUUCUGCAGCAGAGCUCCGGCCGGCGGUACCGUGCGGACGUCUAAGGCACCUGAUGAAAACCUUUUUAUCUCAGCAGUGGGUGUUUCGUUUGCCAGUAAAGCUGCAGUGCGUCGUUAGAAUAGAUGUGAGUGCAGAAUCCCUGAAGAGUAAGGUGUGACUUUCCUGACUUUAAGUUCCAAACCGCAAAAAAUAAAAUGGAAUUCUCACUCACACAUAUAUAUCUGUAAUACUUAGCAUGUUACACCAGCUUCGACCAGUAGGGGGCAGCUGUUUUUUUUUCCCCUUAGGCUUCAAGGAUCAGGUGAAAAAAAGUCACUGGGGAGCUCAGGGGCUAACUGUACCAGCUCUGACCAGCAGGGGGCUGCGUCUUUUCUUUUUCCACGUACUCUUUACAGACCACGUGAAAAAGAUACCUUAGCAUUAGCAUGCUAACUGUUAGCCAGUUAGCUCCCAAGUGUUUUUUUUUUUUUACCACCUAGAAAAUAAAGCAAAUGAACACUUACUGACCAGAUGAGCAGCUUUUAGUCUGAUUUUCUCCGGUGCCUAAAACCUCUACACAGUACUGUAUAUAUAUAUAUAUUUAUAUUUGUAUAUUUAUAUAUACAUAAAUGGCAGUUUUAACCAAUACGCUUGGAGAACAGCUCUCUCCGAGAAACGUGCUUCCCUCCAUUUGUAUCACCCUCAGCCGAAAAACACUGCCGUGGUGUCGGGCCAAAAGGUUGCCGUGGUCAGCCGUACCUCAGAUGUGUUGUGCGAUGCAUGUGGCGUAGACUUUAGCUCACCAGAGUUCUAGAGUUCUAGAUUUAAAAGCAGCAUUACUGUCUGUUUUUAUCACAAGGGUGGUCUCUGCCAGGAAGUGACCCAAAGUGGUCUCGGCGAUUAAGGCUAGGGCGUCAAUAACUGAGAGAAGAAUUUUUAAAAACAUCGGUAUUUGGAAAUUUUUACUUGCAAAAUAAAAAUGUUAAACAAAAUCUGUGCAAUACUAAGUAAAGGGCUUUCUACAACCACGCAGAGACCUGAAAGCACUGCAGAGCGACUGACCGCAGGCGCGGCGACCAAGAGAGGCUCGAUAGCGACAGCCAAACGGUUUCACUCGCGACGCCACCCGCAGUCUUUUUCUCCCGUCGGGAUGAGGGGGAACCACAGGGCGGAACAAGGGCGUCUAAAGUAGUGUCUAAGGAGUUGAAUCGAUCUCCGCAACUUUGCCCGGAGCUGCAACUCGUGUCCCUUUUUUUUCCGUGUGUGCGUGUAUGUGUGCGUACUGUAUUGUUAAAAAAGAGAGAAAAUAAACCUAUCUGUCCCUCUCUCUCUCUCUCCCUCCCUCCCUCUCUCUCUCUCUAUCUCUAUCUCUCCCUCUCUCUCUCUCUCUCUCUCUCUCUCUCUCUCUCUCCCUCUCUCUCGUACUGCUGUUUGCUGUUCUGUUUAGUUAGUGUGAUGUGCCAGUAUCCCCCCCAAAGCCCCCCUGCGCUAUCUUCUUCUACCCUCCCCUCUCUCUCUCUCUCUCUCUCUCUCUCUCUCUCGCCCAUUUCUCCAUGGAUCUUUAAGAUGACAACUCUAUGCAGAUGCUGUCUUUUAUAAGUGUGUCAAAAUUUUAAGUUGAAAUUGAGAAAAAAAAACAAAAAACGAAAAAAGACAAAACCCCGUCCAACAGACAUUAUGAAAUGAAAAAAAAACCAUGAAUAAAGAAAAAAAAAG